GAAUAUUUGUUUCUCCCCGUCCAUCAACACUAGGUGAAAAGACAUACUAACAUGUCCAGUGUCCCCCCAUCCAAAAAAGCGCGCACUAAAUCAUCAUCGCGCAAAGCCAAGCCAUCCAUAUCACAGACCGCCCCAGAUGAAGUCCUCAUAGACUCAGAGCCUGCAUCUGCUUCUGCAUCAAAAACUGCCCGGUACGCCGAGUCCUCAUCUCUUGCGGUGCACUCUGGCGUCGAGCUCGGGGAGGAUCAAGCGAUGGAAGACCUUGCCGCAUCUCAGAUCGAAGGUGCACUUGAUGCUGAUCUCGCGGAACUCUCCCUUGGCCAGCGUCUCGCCGCAAUAUCAGGUGAUGCACGCCCCUCCUCAUCAGAUUCUGAAGAAGAAGGGCAAUCCCAAUCACCACGAAAACAAAAGCAGGACGCGCCGAAUGUUGUACCUGCACACUCACUUACCAGAACACUUAUACAAGCGCUCCACUCAUCUGACUCGAAACUGCUUGAAACUUGUCUUGCACAUUCUGACCCGGCAUUGGUACGGAACACUGUGCGGCGGUUACCGCCCCAGCUGGCGGUGCCGUUGCUCACGACAUGUGUAGAGCGUCUUGGCCGUGGUCCACGCGCAGCAAGCAUGAAAGGCGGUGGCGGAGGCGCCAGUUCGCAACGGGGUAUGGGUCUCGUUAUAUGGGUCAAGACUGUCCUUGCAGUCCAUAGCGGUCAUCUUAUGACGAUGCCCGACCUUGUAUCACGGCUCUCAGGUCUACACGUUACACUGACGUCCCGGCUUGCAUUACAAGACUCCCUCCUCUCACUGAACGGUCGGCUAGAUAUGGUACUCUCACAGAUCGAGAUGCGUUCGUCCACCGCACCCACGCUGCUUGCACCCCAUAAGAAUGGGGUAUCAACAGCAUCACAAGGAGAGAGGCAGCCAACGAGAUACGUGGAAGGCGAUAGCGAAGAGGAGGGCAUGGAAGUUGGUGUAGAGAGUGGAGAGGAUGAAGGAAGUGUAGAAGAUAUAGAGCUCGGUGGUGAAAGUGAAGCUGAGGAAACGGACGAACAGGGCAGUGACGAAGAAGACGAAGAAGAAGAUUCAGACGGCGAAGGACCUACAUUAAAUGGGUUCAUCGAUGAUGAGGCAGAGGAGUUCGAGGACGACGAAGAGGAUGAUGAGAGUGAAUAAUAUCCGUCCCACACAUCAGCGCUCAGCUUUGCACCUUGCACAUUUAUCAUCUGAUAUAGUACACAAACC